UUAGGUGCAAAUUUGAAUAAACAUUGUGAAUAACAUUCUGAACAAAUAUGGAUGCCAAUUACAAUCUGUACAACCAAAGUUAAAUACAAAAUACACAUAACAGUUUAAGUCUCUUCGUCUAGCUUAACAUUGUAGCAAUAAUCUUCAAUUAGGUAGACGAAUAAACUUGAAUAACAAUUACAAUCUGUACAACCAAAGUUAAAUACAAAAUACACAUAACAGUUUAAAUCUCUUCGUCUAGCUUAACAUUGUAGCAAUAACCUUCAAUUAGGUAAAUGAACAAACUUGAAUAAUAAUUACAAUCUGUACAACCAAAGCCAAAUACAAAAUAUACAUAACAGUUUAAAUUUCUUCAUCUAGUUGAACAUUGUAGCAAUAAUCUUCAAUUAGGUAAAUGAACAAACUUGAAUAACAAUUACAAUCUGUACAACCAAAGCCAAAUACAAAAUACACAUAACAGUUUAAAUUUCUUCAUCUAGCUUAACAUUGUAGCAAUAAUCUUCAAUUAGGUAACUGAAUAGACUUGAAUAACAAUUACAAUCUCUACAACCAAAGCCAAAUCCAAAGUAUACCUAACAUUUCAAGUCCUCUUAUUUAUCUUAACAUUGCAGUAACAAUUUCCAAUUAAAUAAAUGGACAAACUUGAAUAACAAUUACAAUCUCUACAACCAAAGCCAAAUCCAAAGUAUACCUAACAUUUCAAGUCCUCUUAUUUACCUUAACAUUGCAGUAACAAUUUCCAAUUAGAUAAAUGGACAAACUUGAAUGUCAAUUACAAUCUGUACAACCAAAGCCAAGUACAAAAUAACUUCCCAUAUCAAGUUUCUUCAUUUACCUUAACAUUGCAAUAAUAAUUAGCCAACUACCGAAACCCCAUAGAUUAAGGGGUUUUUACUUAAAUUUAAUUACAACAGUAUUUGCCAAAAGCCAUUAAGAUAUGCAAAAACAAAGUUGGCCCACUUUCUACUCGCAUUUCUGCAAUGUUCCAAGUUGAACCCACGUUCUCUGUUUCCAGGACAAGGCCGAGUGAAUCAACUCGGAGGUGUUUUCAUUAACGGGCGUCCAUUACCGAACCAUAUUCGCUUAAAGAUCGUCGAAAUGGCGGCGGCCGGUGUCAGACCCUGUGUGAUCUCGAGACAGCUGAGAGUCUCUCACGGUUGCGUGUCGAAGAUCUUGAAUCGGUACCAGGAGACGGGGUCGAUUAGACCCGGGGUGAUCGGUGGCAGCAAACCGCGGGUUGCAACGCCUGAAGUCGAGGCGAGAAUCGAGGACAUGAAAAGACAGAAUCCUGGGAUAUUCAGCUGGGAGAUUCGUGAGAAGCUGAUAAAGCAGGAUGGUAUCUGUGAUAAAGCGUCAGCACCAUCGGUUUCGAGCAUUUCGAGACUUCUUCGUGGGCCCACAAAUCAAACUCGGCCGGGAGAGGAUCCUAGGAGGAAUCAUUCUAUCGAUGGGAUACUCGGUGGCAGCAGCGGCGACGAUUCGGACACAGAAAGCGAACCAGGCAUCGCGUUGAAGAGAAAACAGCGAAGAAGCAGAACAACAUUCACCGGUGAACAACUUGAACAACUGGAGGCCGCUUUUCAUAGGACACAGUAUCCCGACGUCUACACCAGAGAGGAAUUAGCUCAAAAAUAUCAUAAAGUUUAA